GCUCUUGUCCGCUUCGGACGUCCGGCUGUAGCUAUGCGGUCAAGGUUUCUUUGGAGUGCUUUUCAGUGGGCCCGGCAGGCUGCUGGCCCGGCCCGCCGACACGUUAGCUGCGGUAGCCUUCCACUGGAAGAGCUAUUCGCCCGCGGCGGACCCCUACGGACCUUCCUCGAGCGCCAGGUAGGGUCUGAAGUCCAGUUGCAGGUCAGGCGGCCUGAGCUGGUGGCGGUGGCCAAGCUUCUGAACGAGAAGGAACAGGAACUGCAGGAGACCGGGCACCUGCUACAUGAUGAAAAUGAAGACUUAAGGAAACUUGCAGAGAGUGAAAUAACUUCAUGUCAGAAAGAAAUAGCUCAAUUGAAGCAUCAGAUUAUCUUACUUUUGGUUCCCUCAGAAGAAACGGAUGAAAGUGAUUUGAUCCUGGAGGUAACUGCAGGAGUUGGGGGUCAGGAGGCAAUGUUGUUUACCUCAGAGAUAUUUGAUAUGUAUCAGCAGUAUGCUGCAUUUAAAGGAUGGCAUUUUGAAACCCUGGAAUAUUUUCCAAGUGAAAUAGGUGGCCUUAGACAUGCAUCUGCCAGCAUUGGGGGUUCAGAAGCCUACAAGCACAUGAAAUUUGAAGGAGGUGUGCACAGAGUACAGAGAGUGCCCAAGACAGAGAAGCAAGGCCGCAUACACACCAGCACCAUGACUGUGGCGAUCUUACCCCAACCCACUGAGAUUAAUCUGGUGAUUAAUCCUAAAGAUUUGAGGAUUGAUACUAAGCGAGCCAGCGGAGCUGGGGGGCAGCACGUAAAUACCACGGACAGUGCUGUCCGGAUAGUUCAUCUCCCGACAGGUGUUGUUUCCGAAUGCCAACAAGAGAGAUCUCAACUGAAAAAUAGAGAGAUGGCUAUGAAAAAGUUACGUGCAAAACUAUACAGCCUGCGUGUAGAAGAAGAAACAAGUAAACGAUACAAUGCUAGAAAGAUUCAGAUUGGCACUAAAGGAAGGUCAGAGAAAAUAAGAACAUACAAUUUUCCACAGAACCGGGUCACAGAUCACAGAAUAAACCAGUCACUUCAUGAUCUUGAAGCUUUUAUGCAAGGAGAGGACCUACUGGAUGAACUUGUACAGUCAUUGAAGGAUUAUGCUAAUUAUGAAUCUUUGGAACAGCAGAUGAAUGCCCCUCUUAGUGACCUAAGCAACUCAAGAAUACAGCAAGACGUGUCAUUGAGCAGUCAUCAUCACUGAGCACAAGGCCCAAUGCAAGCCUGUGUCUCCCAGAUUUACCACUUUCCCCUUGGGUCUUUUGGUUUCCUUUUUGAAUGAAAGGGACACAGCUACAGGUUAUUAAAUAUUACAGUAUACUGUUAUUCAAUUUCUCUUUACCUCCUUUAACAGGUAAUAAUUAGAAAAGUUGCACUGAGAUUAUGAAAGGUCUUGAAUGUUGUAUUUCAUUCUGUGAACAAGGGAGAGCCAAAAGUCUACUCAUUCUGUCCCCAUCCCUCUCCAGUCCCUCCCUCUCUGCACCACAGGAAAAGAAAGUGUGAGAGCUGUACUAAUGAAGGUGGGAAAGAACCUUCCGUGAAUUUUCAAACUUCCUGCCCAUUAGAACAUCACAGUUGGUUAGAAAAAAAUUAUCAUAAUACUUUGGUAAUGUUAACAGUAUAACUUUAAGAUAUGUAUCACCAUGUGCCUUAUGAACACCUGUGGAGUAACUUGACAAAUUCUGGUCUGUGAACUGACAUUGGCUUACACUUCACUAAUCUAAAUUAGUUAUUCCUGUAUGAUCAAAUGUAAUUUUUGGAACCCAGGAAAAGGUAAGAAUAGAGCAACAAUUUUGGCGUGAAGCUUACUAGAACCCUACGUCUAACAUUUUAAGGGCCUUAGAACUUUGUAGCUGUUUGCACAAACUAUGCAUCUACACAGCUACCUGAAUUAUAAAGCACCCAAUGUCGCUCCCACCUGCCUUUGCCUUCCCUGCCCUCUCUUCCUAAAACACACAAUUACCUCUACAGACUUCAAGGUCCAACCCAAAGGGAACUUUUGCACUAUGCAGAGUCAACUGCUCUUCAUUAGUAUUCCACAGCCCUUUACACAACAGUAUGAAAACACUUAUGGCAAGGCAGUAAACUCACUGGGUUACUCCUGUCUCAGGUUUGUGUGCGUAAUAAGGAAAAGGGAAAGGGUGGUCAGGAAAUGGAAUGUAUUAUUAACCCUUUCACAUCAUUUCAUUAGUGGACAAAACUGUUUUCUUCAUUCUUGUCUCUUCAACACCUAACUUCAUGGCACUAAAAAGAUGUCUAAAAGGCAGUUAGAUCUAAAAUUAUUUGUCUAGAAAUCUGGUGUAUUGUUCAGGAAGAACCAAAACUGAACUUCAUUUCAAAACGGCCUACAACAUCAGUUAAUCAAAACUCAUUCAGCCAGAAUGGAAAUUUUAAAGACGUAUAAAUA